UGUCUGAUUAUUACCCGGUAGCAACCAUCUUGUUUAUUUUAUGCCACAGUGGCAAAGAAACAAUCCGUAGAUAAUUAAAUAAAUUUCUUACUUGAAAUAAAAAGAUAUAUUCUUUACUGUAAUUGACAAAACCAACAAUGUCUCACGGCGGUAGAAAUGAGUGUAGAAUUUACGUAGGCAAUUUACCACCAGACAUCAGAACUAAGGAUAUCCAAGACUUGUUUUAUAAAUUUGGUAAAGUUACUUUUGUUGACUUGAAAAAUCGACGUGGACCACCAUUUGCAUUCGUUGAAUUCGAUGAUCCAAGAGAUGCUGAAGAUGCAGUACAUGCACGAGAUGGAUAUGAUUAUGAUGGUUAUAGAUUAAGAGUUGAGUUUCCACGAGGUGGAGGACCAAGUAAUAACUUCCGUGGAGGCCGUGGAGGUGGUGAUAAUAAUCGAGGAGGUCGUGGAGAAAUGAGUAAUUCUCGGGGACGAGGUCCACCAGCUAGAAGAUCUCAAUAUCGAGUUCUUGUUACCGGUUUACCUCCUUCUGGAAGUUGGCAAGAUCUCAAAGAUCAUAUGAGAGAAGCAGGAGAUGUUUGCUUUGCAGAUGUCUAUAAAGAUGGCACAGGAGUUGUAGAAUUUUUACGUUAUGAAGACAUGAAAUAUGCUGUUAAAAAAUUAGAUGAUUCACGAUUUAGAUCACAUGAGGGAGAAGUUGCAUACAUCAGAGUAAAAGAGGAUCAUGCAAGCGGUGAACGAGGCCGCAGUGAAGAUCGUGAAAGAGGAAGAAGUCGUUCCCGAAGUUACAGUCCACGUCGUCGAGGUUCUCCCACAUAUUCACCACUACGACGCAAUUAUUCGCGAUCACGAUCACGUUCCAGGUCUCGUUCAUAUGACUAGUGUUAUGCUAAACUCUGUUGAAUAAAACAUUAAGAACGCGUAUUUUGGAUGGAGUUUAUUCGGAGAAAAUAAUAUUUAAAAAAAGGAUUAUUGCUUAAACGUCGACGGGAUUAAUCGGACGUAAGGAUACGUAAACAAGAGGAAAUUAAGGAUCAAAAUAUAAGAUAAAGGGAUGGAACGCGUCCAAUGUUAGCUGGAUUUUUUCGAGAUUUGUUUACAAGGCUAUUUGCAAGGAUUAAGAGUAAUCUUUUUUUUUUUAAGUAUUUUUUUUUGUUAUUUAUAUGAAUAUAUAUACAUAAAAUAACAAUACUCAUAA